AUCUAAUAAUAAAACCAACCAUCCACUAUAAGUGAGAAGAAGGGCCACCCAACCCAACCCAACCCAACCAAUUAUUUUUCUUUAGGCCAAAAAUGGCCUUCCCACAAAAAAAACACUCUGUUUUUCCUCUUCUUCCCUCCUUCCCCUGUUUUACCACAAUCAUAUACAUUACAUUACAUUGUGUAUCCAUCUCAACCAUAAUCAACGGGCAAUCGUUGGGCCCGGUUUUUGCCUGCGACCCGACGAGCAAUGCCUCAUUAUCCACCCUUGGAUUCUGCGACACAUCCAAGGGUGUGGAUGAAAGAGUAGCAGAUUUGGUUGGAAGAUUAACAUUACAGGAGAAAAUUGGGUAUUUAAUAAGUGGAUCAGCAAGUGUAAGUAGACUUGGGAUACCUAAAUAUGAAUGGUGGUCUGAAGCUUUACAUGGAGUUUCUUAUGUGGGCCCGGGUACCCGUUUUUCUAAUCUGGUUCCGGGUGCUACUAGUUUUCCUCAAGUUAUUACUACUGCUGCUUCUUUUAAUACUUCUCUUUUUCAAGCUAUUGGAAAGGUAGUAUCAAAUGAAGCAAGGGCAAUGUACAAUGUUGGGUUGGCAGGAUUGACAUAUUGGUCUCCAAAUGUAAACAUCUUUAGGGAUCCAAGAUGGGGAAGAGGACAAGAAACUCCAGGGGAGGACCCACUUCUUUCAAGUAAAUAUGGAUCUUCAUAUGUUACAGGCCUACAACAUAGUGAUGAUGCUGAUCCAAACAAGCUCAAAGUUGCUGCUUGUUGUAAACAUUACACUGCUUAUGAUGUCGAUAAUUGGAAAGGCGUCGAUCGAUACCAUUUCAAUGCCGUGGUGACUCAACAAGAUUUGGAUGAUACAUAUCAACCACCAUUCAAAAGUUGUGUAGUAGAUGGGAAUGUUGCAAGUGUUAUGUGCUCCUACAACAAAGUCAAUGGCAAGCCAACCUGUGCUGAUCCCGACCUUCUUUCUGGAGUUAUCCGAGGCCAAUGGAAGUUAAACGGCUACAUCGUUACAGAUUGUGAUUCUAUAGAUGUUCUGUACAAUUCUCAGCACUACACCAGCACUCCAGAAGCUGCUGCUGCACAAUCUAUUUUAGCAGGGGUAGACCUUAACUGUGGGUACUUCCUUUCCCAGCACACACAAGCUGCAGUAGACAAAGGGUUAGUCAAGGAAACAGACAUCGACAAAGCCAUAUCGAACAAUUUUGCUACGUUAAUGAGACUUGGUUUCUUCGAUGGGAACCCUAGUAAAAGACUAUAUGGGAACCUCGGUCCUAAAGACGUGUGCACCCCCGAAAACCAAGAGCUAGCUCUUGAUGCUGCAAGACAAGGAAUUGUUCUACUCAAGAAUAGUGCAGGAAGUCUGCCAUUUUCUGCUGCCAAUAUCAAGUCACUUGCUGUUAUUGGACCGAAUGCGAAUGUUACCAAGACAAUGAUUGGGAAUUACGAAGGCACGCCGUGCAAGUACACAACGCCUCUACAAGGUCUUUCUGCGUACACUUCAACAACAUACCAAGCCGGUUGCUCUAACGUAGCAUGUGCUACAGCUCUAGUUGAUGAAGCAAAACAGAUAGCAUCCACUGCAGAUGCUACAAUUCUGAUUAUGGGCGCCGAUCAAUCAAUUGAAGCAGAGAGUCGAGACAGAGUCGAUCUGUACCUUCCAGGACAGCAACCACUGCUAGUUUCAGCAGUAGCAAACGUUUCCAAGGGGCCUGUGGUUCUGGUAAUUAUGUCUGGUGGUGGUAUGGACAUAACCUUUGCACAUAACAAUGACAAAAUCAGCAGCAUACUGUGGGUUGGUUAUCCUGGUCAAGCAGGUGGUGCAGCUCUUGCCGAUAUUAUUUUUGGCGCUUACAAUCCAAGUGGAAGACUACCUAUGACAUGGUAUCCACAGGCCUAUGCAGACAAAGUACCAAUGACCAACAUGAACAUGAGACCAGACCCUGCAACUGGGUACCCAGGGAGGAGCUACAGGUUCUACACUGGAGAAACCGUCUACAAUUUCGGGGAUGGCUUAAGUUACUCGGACUUCACCCACCACCUUGUUAAGGCACCCACUAAAGUCUCAAUUCCCUUGCAAGAAGACCACGUUUGCCAUUCUUCGACCUGCAAGUCAGUUGAUGCUGUUGGACAACAUUGUCAAAACUUAAGCUUUGAUGUCAGCAUUAAAGUUAGAAAUAACGGAACUAUGGCAGGAAGACAUACGGUUUUCCUCUUCUCGUCUCCUCCGUCUAUUCACAAUUCUCCUCGGAAACACUUGCUUGGUUUCGAGAAGAUUUUCUUGCGUGAGAAAGCAGAAGACAUGGUCGUUUUUAACGUGGACGCUUGCAAACAUUUGAGCGUUGUUGACGAAGAAGGUAACCGUAAGGUGGCUUUGGGAGUUCAUCAACUACAUGUUGGCAACUUGAAGCACAAAUUCAAUGUCGGGAUCUAAUCAUUAGCUUUGGGGGUUAUCUCUACAAAUCAGAAACCUACGGUAAUUCGUUUUCGGGAUAAGGAAAGAGGGAAAAAAGAACAAAAAUACAGAUUUAAAAGUCAUGUUCGAGUUGAAUUUCAGGAGUCAUAAGAUUCCUUCAAUUGUUCAUUGUUCAAUACUUCAAUUUUCAUAGAUCAAUGGCUUGUAAAGAUGUUCAUUUUCAAGUGUAAAAUGAAUAUAUUCACAAGA